UGGUUUAGAGAAACUAGGUUAGUGGUGCAGCACUGGUCAUGACGGAGGGAGAAAGUAGGUCACAGACUGAGUAACGUAACCGUUUUAUAUCACAGUUCACGUAACAUUAGAUAGAGGGGUCCAUUAGAUGGAGAUGUCCUAGCUAGUUCAUCUCAUGUAAGUAGCUGCAUAAUAUUUUCAGCAUGUGUCGUGAUGACCAAUGGCUAGUUGCAUAGCUAGCUAUAUAUCGCGUUGCUAGUUGGCUAACGUUAAGCUAACUAACGUUACCUUAGAUAACAAGAUGGAUUUAGGGCUAGCCAAGUUAGGACAAUGUAAACUUAACGUUUCGCUGUAGCUAGAAGUGUCUUAGAUGAAAGUGUAUUUUAGUUGUGGACUAAAAUAUCCAUGCCUAGUAAUUUUAACGUUAGUUAGGGUCUAGCUUUUUUUUUUUUUGCUGGACGGGGGUAGCAUCCUGACGUCAGUUGGGAACGUCAUUAGUUGGAUCUAGCUGGGCUCGUUAAUAAUAGUGUGGAACUGCAGCCCGUAAUUCGUGGCGUUCCUGCAUGUGAGCGUUCCUGCCAUUCGGGGCGUUCCUGCCAUUCGGGGCGUUCCUGCAUGUGGGCAUUGGAGGCAACCAUAGCUGUAUAGAUCUGUGCAAAACUGCAACAGUAGAGUACCUAUCCCAGUGUCUCAGAGGAGGAAUAGCAGCCAGGGCAACCAACCAGGAGGCGUUUCUCUCUCUUCAUCUCAAAUCAAGAGCGGAGCAAUUGCAAAUGGAUGGAAGGAAAUUCCAGAAGCUGUAAUGAACAUUUGUGAUUAUCUAAUGGCAGACCAAAGAAUGGACAUUACCUCUACGAUGAAUGAGUUCAUGUCCCCCAGCUCCACCGAGCUGAUCAGCAGCUCCAUCAACACCCAAGGCAUGGACUACACCCGCAAGAGGAAGGGCAGCACCUCCGACUACCAAAUUGAUGGAUUUUCUUUCGACGAGAGCAGUAUGGAUACAGACAAGGAUAAGCUUAGGGAUUGUGGUGAUCAUCAGGGGCGGAUCAAAAAUGCCAGGGAGGCACACAGUCAGAUUGAGAAGAGGCGCAGAGACAAGAUGAACAGCUUUAUAGACGAGCUGGCAGCGCUAGUGCCUACUUGCAACGCUAUGUCCCGCAAGCUGGACAAACUCACAGUCCUACGCAUGGCUGUCCAGCAUAUGAAGACAUUACGAGGCGCAGCGAACCCAUACACAGAGGCGAACUACAAGCCGUCUUUCCUGUCCGAUGAUGAAUUGAAGCACUUAAUAUUGAGGGCUGCUGAUGGCUUUCUGUUUGUCGUCGGAUGCGAUCGUGGGAAGAUCCUCUUCGUCUCUGAGUCUGUUUACAAGAUCCUCAACUAUAGCCAGAACGACCUAAUUGGCCAGAGUCUGUUUGAUUACCUGCAUCCUAAAGACAUCGCCAAAGUCAAGGAGCAACUGUCGUCAUCGGAUACAGCACCCCGGGAGCGACUCAUCGACGCCAAAAGUAAACUCCCUCCUGUCUUAGUAGAUACUGAAUCUGGCCUACCAGUGAAGACUGACAUUACCCCUGGGCCGUCUAGACUGUGCUCCGGAGCCAGACGUUCUUUCUUCUGCCGGAUGAAAUGUAACCGGCCCUACGUCAAAACAGAGGACAAGGACUUCCCCUCCACCUGCUCAAAAAAGAAAGCCGACCGUAAGAGCUUCUGCACGAUCCACAGUACUGGCUACUUGAAGAGCUGGCCGCCCACUAAGAUGGGCCUGGACGAUGACAACGAGCCCGACAACGAGGGCUGUAACCUCAGCUGCCUGGUUGCCAUCGGCCGGCUGCACCCCCAUAUCAUCCCCCAGCCCUCCCAUGAGGACAUCCGCGUCAAACCUACCGAAUACGUCUCCCGCCACGCCAUCGACGGGAAGUUUGUCUUUGUCGACCAGAGGGCCACAGCCAUUCUUGCGUACUUACCCCAGGAGCUUCUAGGCACCUCCUUCUAUGAGUAUUUUCAUCAGGAUGAUAUUGGCCACCUGGCAGAAUGUCACAGACAAGUGCUGCAGAUGAGAGAAAAGAUCAGCACAAACUGUUACAAGUUCAAGAUUAAAGAUGGCUCCUUCAUCAUGCUGAGAAGCUGCUGGUUUAGUUUCAUGAAUCCCUGGACCAAAGAGGUGGAGUACAUUGUCUCCACAAACACAGUGGUCUCAUGCAGUAUGCUAGACGGUGCAGACCCCUAUCAUCAGUCUGCUGCUUCCCCCACAGCCUCUAUGGACAGUGUGCUGACGUCAGAAGGUGACAUUGAAUGUUGUGAAAGAAAGCAUGCUUUUCUACAUAUGAAGCAGGGAUUUCUUUACGUCCUUGGAACAAGAUGUGGAGGGAGACGGGCUAUUCAGACGGUGCCAGGCAUCCCUGGCGGAACACGGGCAGGUGCCGGCAAGAUCGGCCGUAUGAUCGCAGAGGAGGUGAUGGAGAUUCAGAGGACCAGAGGCUCAACACCCUCUAGCUGUGGCUCCAGCCCCCAGAACAUCAGCACCCCCCCUCCAGACUGCUCUCCAGGGGGCAAGAGGAUUCAAAAUGGUGGAACACCAGACCUUCUGUCGGCAGGAACGCUACCAGGAGGAUCCGACUCCAUUGGAUACCCAUACUCCAACCAGUCCAUUAUGAGUGACAACUCUCAUCUCAGCAUUGACAUCAUGGACGAGCCAGGCUCCAGUAGCCCCAGUAACGAUGAGGCAGCCAUGGCUGUGAUCAUGAGUCUCCUGGAGGCUGACGCAGGCCUUGGGGGCCCUGUGGACUUUAGUGACUUACCCUGGCCCUUGUGAUGACGGCCCAAGAGGAACGAGGCAUAGCAGGGCUGUUGGAGCUCUUGGGCUAAGGUCCACAGAACUAUGUCAAAACCCUGAAUUGAUGAUGCAGUGGCAUCAUCAGGAACCAUGGCACUGUGGGACUUAUUGGAGCCGAGACCUCCAUGUUGGGACUGGGACAGGUCAUUUCAAAGUAUACCUGUAUAUGCCCUCCCUAACUUGCUGCUGGACAUUCUUCCAUUGACCUUCACCACAGGAUAAUUCAUCAUUUUUCAAUGGCUAUUUUCCUGCAUUAUGCUACCAGGGAUUUCUAUUGAAAACCUGUUUUAGUGUUUGGAUGAUUUUACACUACAGUACACAUUGGUUUCCCUUGUUGGAUAACCCCAUUUGAAAAUUGUAUCAAAUCUUUAAAUAGUAUGAUGUAAAAAAUACUUUAUGCAAAAUAUAUGGUGUGUGUAUUGUAUCAGCAGUGAAAUAUUUUUAUUAAAAGUUUGUUUUGUAUCUCUUUCCAGAAGACUUUGAGCUAUAAACAGAAUUUGAUGCAGUAUGUUAUUGAUGCUAAUGAAUAAAUUGUAUCCAUAUUUACAA